GUCGUCGUUGUUCUUGCCUAUAAACUCAAAACGCGGCGCUUUUUUCAUCUGGUCGGAAACGACCUUCCGACUGGAAAACCUCUAUUCACCGUCUGAAAAAUGGUGGCUUCAAUUAAUAAGGAAGCAAAAGCUCAUAGAGAAGAAGAUCAGUAAGAAGAAGAGGAAAUCAAGAAAUGACGCUAGAGAAGGCUAAACACCAUCAAAAAGAGCCUCCAACAACUGUGACUACCAUUGGAGGCGCUAUACUUUCGGCUUCUUUGCAAGGCCUGUUUGACAAGUUGUCUUCCCAUGACUUGCUCAAGUAUGCAAGCCAAGGCAAAGUGCGGGCUGAAAUAGAGAAGUGGGAAAGCAUGUUGAAGAUAAUUUAUUCUGUGCUUGAUGAUGCAGAGGAGAAGCAGAUGACUAAUGGGUUCGUGAAAAUCUGGGUAACUGAGCUUAGAGAUUUGGCUUAUGAUGUGGAGGAUGUGCUUGAUGAAUUUGCUACUGAGGUUUUGCGACGAAGGUUGAUGGCAGAACCUCUGGCUAUGACAUGUAAGGUGCAUAAACUUGUCCCUACUUGUAUUUAUGGAGUGAAUCGAAGCAGAGUCAAGUUCAAUGGUAAGCUGCUUUCCAAGAUGGAGGCGAUUACUGCCAGAUUAGAGAAGAUCACAGCUGCAAAACGUGACCUGGAUCUAAGAGAGAGUGUUGGAGGGAGGAGCAGCAGUGUGAGAGAGAGACAGCCGACAACUUCAUUGGUGAAUGAAGCAAAAAUUUAUGGAAGAGAAGAUGAUCAGAAGGCAAUACUUGAACUAUUAAAGGGUAAAGAAAGCGGUGGUGAAGACAUCUGUGUUAUUCCUAUAACUGGAAUGGGAGGUAUAGGUAAGACAACUCUUGCUCAACUCAUCUUUAAUAAUGCCACUUUGGAGUUUGAUUUGAAGGCUUGGGUGUCAGUGGGUGAACAUUUUGAUGUUAUUGAAGUAACAAAAACAAUUUUGCAUUCUGAGAGUUAUGAUGCUAAGGAUUUAGAUUCUCUUCAAGUAAAAUUAAAGGAGAAUUUGUCAGGAAAGAAAUUUUUGAUUGUCUUAGAUGAUGUUUGGAGUGAGAAUUAUGAUGAUUGGACUCUCUUUUGCGGUCCUUUUGAAGCAGGGGCACCAGGAAGCAGAUUCAUUGUUACAACUCGGAAUCAAGGUGUUUCAUUAAUGAUGGGUAAUGUUCCAGCUUAUACUUUAAAGGCCUUGUCUCAUGAUGAUUGUCUGGCUGUGUUUGCACAACAUGCUUUGGGGACGACAAAUUUUGCAGCACACUCACAUUUGGAAGAAAUAGGAAAAGCAAUUGUUAGAAGGUGUCAAGGAUUGCCUUUGGCUGCUAAGGCCCUUGGAGGCCUUUUACGAGGUAAAUUGAGUCAUGAUGCGUGGGGAAAAGUCUUGAACAGCAAUAUAUGGGAUUUACCUCAGGAGAAAAGUGGUAUUCUUCCAGCCUUAAGGUUGAGCUACCACCAUCUCCCAUCUCAUCUGAAACGAUGCUUUGCAUACUGUGCAAUAUUUCCAAAGGACUACAAAUUUGACGAAAAAGAGUUGGUUUUACUUUGGAUGGCGGAGGGAUUUUUGCAACAAUCAAAGGACACAAAGUCAACUGAGGACUUGGGUCUUGAAUAUUUUCGUGACUUGUUUUCCAGAUCAUUUUUUCAACAGUCAAGUAGCAACAAAUCACAAUAUGUAAUGCAUGACUUGAUAAGAAACCUGGCUCGAUCUGUCAAUGAAGAAGUAUGUUUUCAUCUGGAUGAUAAGCUAGAGGUUGUAAAAUCAAAUGCAAAGGUGCGCCAUUCAUCGUUUUCUCAUCACGUCUGUGACAUCUCACAAAGAUUUGAGGUCUUCCAUGAAAUGAAGAGCUUGCGUACAUUCUUGGCAUUACCAAUCCUACCAUCACACUAUUACCAAUUAACUAGUAAGGUGUUGCAUGACUUGUUGCCAAAAUUAAGAAGCUUAACGGUUCUAUCAUUGGCUGGUUAUUGUUUUGAGGAAUUGCCAAGUUCUAUUGGUGCCUUAAAGCAUUUGCGGUACCUUAAUCUGUCUUUUACUGAAGUUACAAAGUUACCUGAAUCCUCCUGCAAGCUCUUCAACCUUCAGACUUUGAAAUUACGUGGGUGCCAAAAACUUGUUAAGUUGCCUAUAGGUAUUAGUGAACUAAUAAAUUUGCAAUACCUUGACAUAAGUGAUACAAAUAGUUUGCACGAGAUGCCACCACAUAUAGGCAAUUUAACAAAUUUGCACAUUUUGCCUAAGUUUAUCGUUGGAAAAGGCUGCGGGUUUGGAAUAACAGAGUUGAUGAAAUUAUGUCAUCUACAAGAGGGGCUUCAUAUUACAGGAUUGCAUAACGUGGUACAUGUUCGAGAUUCAGAACUCAUCAAGCUGAAGGAGAAGAAAGGCAUUAAUGCAUUAACCUUGGAAUGGAUUGAUAACUUACAUGGUUUGCAAAAUGAAAGGGAUGAACUGCAGGUCCUCAACUCUUUACAGCCUCCUCAAAGUCUGGAAAAGCUUUCUAUUAAAUUCUACAGUGGAACAAAAUUCCCAUUUUGGAUAGGAGAUCCCAAAUUCAUUAAUAUGACAUGUCUAGAGCUUUGCUAUUGUCGUAAAAUCACCUCUCUACCAGCACUUGGGCAACUACCUUUGCUUAAAAAGUUAAACAUAGUAGGAAUGGUUGGAAUAAAAGAAGUAGGUAAUGAGUUCCAUGGGAAUGUUUCUCCUUCUAUUGAAGCCUUUCCAUCUCUAGAGACUCUAACCAUGAAGAACAUGGCAGGGUGGGAGCAAUGGUCUAGCAAAGAAGCUGGACGAACAUUUAUGAAUUUGCGCAAACUUACAAUGAGAAAUUGUCCAAAGUUGGUCGGAAAACUACCCAGGUUCCUUCCUUCUUUGGAGAUACUUAAUAUUUGUGAUUGCCCACAAUUAGGAGAGCUACCUGAUGUCCUUCCAUCUCUCCGCAAAUUGAUCAUUGAAAAUUGUCAAGAGCUGGUUCUGCGAAGUGCAAAUGAUCUAUUUUCCCUCACUACUUUAAAGAUUAGGAGAAUUUCAAGCCUUGUAAGUUUAGAUGAAAUGCCUAUACUGGCUUUGGUUGCACUUGAAGAUUUGGAGAUUGCAGAUUGUCGUGAAUUAAUGUUCUUGUGGCAUGAUGGAAGUAACGUAAACAGAUUCACUAGUCUGAGACGUUUAUAUAUCCAAAACUGUAAGCAGCUUGUGUCAUUGAUAGAGGGAGAGGAAGGUCUUUUGCCUUGCAAUCUUGAAGUUUUGAUCAUAAAAAAGUGUCAAAAUCUGGAAAAGCUGCCAAAUGGGCUGCACAACCUCACAUCUCUUGGAGUUUUGAGAAUCCAGAGUUGUCCAAAACUUGCAUCUUUUCCAGCAGCAGGUUUGCCAUACUUUCUCAGACAUUUCACAAUUAGAGAUUGCAAUUCUUUGUUGUCUGUACCGAAGGGCAUUAUACGUCAUGCAACUGAUAAAAAUGAGACGUCUCAUCUUAAGAAGCUGGCUAUUGAAGGAUGUCCAUCACUUGCUUCCUUUGAGAUUGGUGAGCUCUGCAAUUCACUCAGAACUCUUACAAUUUGUUUUUGCACAAACAAAUUGUUAGAGUUGCAACAUGAUAGGUUUUCACAUCUCACUUAUUUAGAACUAAAAGAUUGUCAUGACUUAGAGCGGUUCCCAGGAGGGGGUUUGGCAAUCCCAACUCUCAUCUAUCUUACAAUUUCAAGGUGCAAGAAUUUGAAAUGUCUGCCCAAGGAGAUGCAGGACCUGAUGUGUCUUUUGUAUUUUGAAAUAUAUGAUUGUGGAAAUUUAUUGUCUUUUCCAGAAGGAGGUUUGCCACCAAACUUAACUACACUUCGAAUAAGGGAAUGUAAGAAUUUGAGCCAGCCCAUGUCAGAGUGGGGACUACAUAAACUCACCUCUCUUAAACGACUCUCAAUCAAAGGCACAAGUCCUAGUACAGAUGUUGAUUUCUUUCCAGAUAAAGAUGGUCUACUGCUUCCUGCUUCUCUAACCUUGCUUUGGAUAGAUGGACUGAAGAAUUUGAAAUGCAUAUCCAGUGGCCUCCAAAGCCUCACCUCUCUUGAAAAUUUAUGGAUUUGGAAUUGCCCUAAAAUAUGUUCCUUACCGAAGGAGGGUCUACCUACCACCCUUGGGUUCCUGGAAAUCUUGUGUUGCCCUAUUCUAAAACAAAGGUGCUUAAGAGGGAAAGGAGAUUAUUGGCCUGUCAUUGCUCACAUCCCUUGUGUUAUCACAGAAUCUGAGACCUUAAACCCAUUGUUUAUGUCAAAUUACUUGGUAAAAACUUGGGGUCACGCCUAACAGCCACAACAACAACAGUAUGCUUUGUUCAAGUAAUUUUCCUUUUUCUUAUUGUUUUUAUUUCACAUAUUACUGGACCAGUACCUGGGAAUCUAAGGAAAAUAGUUUUUUUGUUGUACCUUUGAUUGCUUUAUUUUCCUAUGUCGCACCAUGUGGUACAAUGAUAAAAAGACAAAAUGUACAGUUCCAGGUUCUAAACUGUAGUUUAUUAGUAUUUUUUUCUAAUAUGCUUGUUCUUUUCUUUUC